AUGGCAUCCUCUGCUUCGCCAUCAUCACCACCUGAAUCCAGCUCCGUACGGCCCAUAGCAUGCAAUGCCUGUCGGCAACGCCGCUCCCAGUGCUCAAAGGAGCGGCCAAAAUGCAAGCGUUGUCGUGAAGCCGACAUUGAAUGCAUCUACGAAGAAGCCCGCAAGAUCACUGUGAAUGAGAGCUACUUGAGAGAUUUGGAAGCCAAGGCCAGGGCUUUUGAGGAAACACUUCAAAAUCCAAAUGUCAAGGGCUCGGCUUCGGUCCCAACCAAGGGACCCGCGGUGUCAAACGCCGAAAGCUAUGAAGAAAUAACAGAAGGUAAUGCGCUAUUGGAAGAUUUUGGUCACCUGGGCGUCGAGGGGGGUCCCGCGUCCCCUAGCCUGUCGAGCAGCGUCAAGGGCGGCAGGUUCAAGGGCCCAGGCCACUCGGACCUGUUUCUCCGCAGCAUGAUUACGACCCUCAGAGCACCGGCAAGUGUGGGUAAACUCGCCGGUGUCCGAUCCGGCGUCCGGUAUCCCGACGAUGUCAGCCUCGACCUGAACCACAACCUCUACGAGCCCGGCCUACUGGCUCCCAGGCGGCUGGCCGUCUGGAGCAGCAUACGACUGCCUCCCAUAGAGACGGCCAGGCGGUACUACGCUGCGCAAUACACGUACAUUGGCACCAUAUUCUCCUUCACAGACCCGGUCGAGUUUGAAAAGUCCCUGACUAGGGCCUACCAGAGCACGGGGCCAGACCUGGGCGACCCGCAAGCUUGCCUCGAGUACGCCAAGAUCCUCGUCAUCCUCGCCUUUGGUCAGCUGUACUCGGUCAACCAGUGGAUAGAUUUCAAGGGCCCGCCGGGCUUCGACUACUUUACGCAUGCGCUGCAGCUGCUGCCCGACGUGCACGAGGAGGGAUCCAUCCUCUGCGUCGAGACGCUGUCUCUGAUAGGCUACUUUAUGCAAAACAUGAACCGUCGCGACGCGGCGUUUCUGUACAUUGGCAUGGCCCUGCGCAUGGCCAUCUCGCUCGGUCUGCACCAGGAGGUGCCCGACGCGACCCUCACCGACGAAGACCGCGAGCACCGCCGACGCGUGUGGUGGAGCGUCUACAGCCUCGACAGGAUCCUUUCCGUCAAGGCCGGCAACCCCAUCACGAUACAGGACGAGGACAUUGGCGUGAAGCCACCGUCCAAGCUUGCCUUGGAGCCCGAGUACUGCCCGGCCGUCGUGCUCCACCACUAUACAGAACUGUCCAGGAUCCUGGGCGAGGUCAACAAGCACGUCUUCCGGAAGGGGACGCAUAAAUCCGGCACAAUGCUCAUGGCCUCGGUCAAGGACAUCAUGCGGUCGCUGUCAAAAUGGCACCGCGAGCUUCCAGACCAGCUGCGGUUCGACCCGGCGAGGCUGGCGAUAUCCAGGGAGUCGGUCUCGACCUUGGUGCAUUAUUACCAGUGCAUCAACAUGACGGCCAGGCCUCUGCUCUUCCACGUGGUGAAGAAGCGCAUCCAGUCGGGUAGCCCCCGGUCCAAAGACUGGAAGCAGGGCCUGUCGCAGACGACCGUCGGGGUCAUUGAGACGUGCGUCAACGCCGCCCAGGACUCGAUCAAGAUCAUGAGCAUCGCGGCGCAGCGGGAUCUGGUCGCCACCUAUGGCUACAUGGACAGCGAGCACAUAUUCUCCGCAGCCAUCGUGCUGCUGAUGGUGUGCUUCGCCUUCCCGCCGGACGAGAGGAACACGCAGGCCAUGAACAUGGGCUUGAACCUGCUCAAGGGGAUGGCGGAGCGUGGAAACAGCUACAUCGGGGCGAGGUAUCAGCUGCUGCAUCAUUUGCGGUCCAUCAUCGACCCUCCAUCCUCCGCAGCCCCGAGUUCCAGGCAUAAUCGACGGCAUGAAAAGGCAAAACUGAGGAGAAGGUCCACGAGUAACCAUGCGACCGUCGUUGGGCUUGAAGCCGUGUACAAGGCAUCUCCGCAAAUGCUAUCGCCAUCUCCGCCCGUCCAGUCCGUCUCGGGGUACCAAAAGGCUCGCGGCAGCUUCAGUGGUGUGCCGUUAUCACCGCAGGGGCAGGCCAUGCUGCCGUCUUUUGUGACGCCCAACACCGGUCUAUCGCGGGACAAUAUGGGGUUCGGGCAGAUGCCGUUCGCAGACGUAUCAUCGGUCUAUCAUCAGGCGCAGCAGGACGCAACGGCUGGACCACAAAUGAUGGACAACUUUUCUGGUGUGGGCGGCGGCGGCGGCGGCGGCUACAUGCCGGGGCUCCGGUUGGGCGACAUGGACGACAUGUUCAUCGACGUCAACAUGAACAGCAUGAAUGGAGACGACGACUUUGGGCUGUGGGAGGCGGGCUUCGCCGACCCUUCGGCAUACGACCUGGCGCAGCUGACGCAGGCGGCCCAGAUGGCUGUCGACCAGGGCGUCGAUGAUGAUGGUGGGGAAGGUAACUGCAGCGAAAAGUCGGCCGGGGCCGGGGCCGGGGUGAACAUGAACAUGGAACUUUAG